AUGGCCUCUCUCGUUGCAGUUUACCUAACCUUGCUUGGCCAGGCGUUGGCCUCGUCCGCCUCCAAUGCCAACACUACCCACCAAGCCAACUCCGCUGCCGCCGAUUGUCUUCUGUACACUAUCCAGUCUGGUGAUACUUGCCUUUCAAUUGCCUGGGCCAACAACGUUUCCUAUGCCCAACUCAUCACCUGGAACUCGGAUAUCAACUCAGCGUGCUCAAACCUUGCAGCCUUGGACGGCGGGACUAUCUGCGCAAGCAACCCCAAUGGAGGCAAUUACACACUGCCUGCUGGCUCGUCGUCCCCCGUUGUGACCGGUCCCACAACCGCAGCACCAAUCCCCAGCCCAACAUUGUCCGGCUCCAACGCCAACUGUGGCGAAUGGUAUGAAGUCGAAUCAGGGCAGGACUGCGGAACGAUCGAAACCAAAUUUUCCAUCUCGUUGGACGACUUCCGUUUCCUCAACUCCGAGGUCUGGGAAAACUGCACGAACCUUGAGGCCAAUGUCUGUUACUGCGUCGAGGCGGUAGGCUCUAUAUCCACAUACCCGGGCUAUGGCGCCACGGCCACGGCCACCGACCCAUUCAUCCCCACCAAUUGUACCUCAGUCCCGUGGGUGGAUCUCACGUCGAACUACAACUCGACCAACCCAGUCAUCCCGCUCGCGAAUGGCACCCGUACCGAUUGCUACAAAUACCAGGUCUUCAGCUCCGACCACUACACGGUCAACAGCGUGUCCUACUGCGUCCUCCUGUCGUCCCCUACUCCAGCGCCUGUGGCGAACGUGACUGCUCCGAGCCCGCGGGCGUCAGGCGAGGCCGCAAACUGCACCACGUGGAGUUACGUGCGCGACUCCUGGACCUGCAACUCCCUCCUGGCCCUGUUCGACCUCAAGGUCAGCGAGCUCUAUGCGAUGAACCCCUCCAUCGGGCCUGACUGUACCGGGCUGGCCGUGGGAGCGUACUACUGUGUCUCUUGGUUUCCAAACGGCGAGAACCCGGAUGACUGGGGCUAUCAGUACACUGACACCGCCAUUCCGACUGCGACCUCGACAACCACCAGUGGUGGUGGCGUCGCCACGCCGUCUCCUGUUCAAACAGGCAUCACGUCCAGCUGCGACAAAUUCUACUUUGUCAAACAAGGCGACUCCUGCUACGACAUCGCACAGAACAACAGCAUCACCCUGGACAACUUCUACGCCUGGAACCCGGCAGUAAAAGAGUGCGCCGACCUAGAAUACGGCUACUACGUGUGCGUCGGCGUCAGCGCCACCGCCACCACCACCACGACGGCGAGCAGCAGCAGCAGCAGCAGCACGUCCACAGGCAUGAGCAUCAAGACGCCCACGCCGUACCAGAGCGGCAUGGUCGCCGGCUGCGGCAAGUUCUACGACGUCGAGUCCGGCGACGGGUGCUGGGGCAUCGCCUCGAGCUACGGCAUCGCGCUCACCGACUUCUACGGCUGGAACCCGGGCGUCAGCAGCUGCUCGGCCCUGUGGCCGAGCUACUACGUGUGUGUCGGUACCGGGACCGCGGGUGCUGCCAAGCGGACUGUGUCUGUGUCUGCUACUAUUACUGCCGGCCCUGGCACCAUCACUUCUGCUGUUUGA